GCUCCCCUCCUCCCCAGCCCGCUCCUCUGGCUUGCUCGCCAACUCCGGGCCCCAGCCGCGGGCGGGCGCACGGCGGGCGGACAGCAUGCUGAGCCUCCUCGUCUGGAUCCUCACUCUCUCCGAUACUUUCUCCCAAGGGACCCAGACUCGCUUCAGCCAGGAGCCGGCUGACCAGACGGUGGUGGCUGGACAGCGGGCCGUGCUCCCCUGUGUGCUGCUCAACUACUCUGGAAUUGUGCAAUGGACCAAGGACGGGCUGGCCCUGGGCAUGGGCCAGGGCCUCAAAGCCUGGCCACGGUACCGGGUCGUGGGCUCCGCAGACGCUGGGCAGUACAACCUGGAGAUCACAGAUGCUGAGCUCUCUGAUGACGCCUCUUACGAGUGCCAGGCCACGGAGGCCGCCCUGCGUUCUCGGCGGGCCAAACUCACCGUGCUCAUCCCCCCAGAGGACACCAGGAUUGACGGAGGCCCUGUGAUUCUACUGCAGGCAGGCACCCCCCACAACCUCACAUGCCGGGCCUUCAAUGCGAAGCCUGCUGCCACCAUCAUCUGGUUCCGGGAUGGGACGCAGCAGGAGGGCGCUGUGGCCAGCACGGAAUUGCUGAAGGAUGGGAAGAGGGAGACCACCGUGAGCCAACUGCUCAUUAACCCCACAGACCUGGACAUUGGGCGUGUCUUCACUUGCCGAAGCAUGAACGAAGCCAUCCCUAGUGGCAAGGAGACCUCCAUCGAGCUGGACGUGCACCACCCUCCUACAGUGACCCUGUCCAUUGAGCCACAGACGGUGCAGGAGGGUGAGCGUGUUGUCUUUACCUGCCAGGCCACAGCCAACCCCGAGAUCCUGGGCUACAGGUGGGCCAAAGGGGGUUUCUUGAUUGAAGACGCCCAUGAGAGUCGCUAUGAGACAAAUGUGGAUUACUCCUUUUUCACGGAGCCUGUGUCUUGUGAGGUUCACAACAAAGUGGGGAGCACCAAUGUCAGCACUUUAGUAAAUGUCCACUUUGCUCCCCGGAUUGUAGUAGACCCCAAACCCACAACCACAGACAUUGGCUCUGAUGUGACCCUCACCUGUGUCUGGGUUGGGAAUCCCCCCCUCACUCUCACCUGGACCAAAAAGGACUCAAAUAUGGUCCUGAGUAACAGCAACCAGCUGCUGCUGAAGUCGGUGACUCAGGCAGACGCUGGCACCUACACCUGCCGGGCCAUCGUGCCUCGAAUCGGAGUGGCUGAGCGGGAGGUGCCGCUCUAUGUGAACGGGCCCCCCAUCAUCUCCAGUGAGGCAGUGCAGUACGCUGUGAGGGGUGACGGUGGCAAGGUGGAGUGUUUCAUUGGGAGCACACCACCCCCAGACCGCAUAGCAUGGGCCUGGAAGGAGAACUUCUUGGAGGUGGGGACCCUGGAACGUUAUACAGUGGAGAGGACCAACUCAGGCAGUGGGGUGCUAUCCACGCUCACCAUCAACAACGUCAUGGAGGCCGACUUUCAGACUCACUACAACUGCACCGCCUGGAACAGCUUUGGGCCGGGCACAGCCAUCAUCCAGCUGGAAGAGCGAGAGGUGUUACCUGUGGGCAUCAUAGCUGGGGCCACCAUCGGCGCGAGCAUCCUGCUCAUCUUCUUCUUCAUCGCCUUGGUAUUCUUCCUCUACCGGCGCCGCAAAGGCAGUCGCAAGGACGUGACCCUGAGGAAGCUGGAUAUCAAGGUGGAGACAGUGAACCGAGAGCCACUUACGAUGCAUUCUGACCGGGAGGAUGACACUACCAGCGUCUCCACAGCGACCCGGGUCAUGAAGGCCAUCUACUCGUCAUUUAAGGAUGAUGUGGAUCUGAAGCAGGACCUGCACUGCGACACCAUCGACACCCGGGAGGAGUAUGAGAUGAAGGACCCCACCAAUGGCUACUACAACGUGCGUGCCCAUGAAGAUCGCCCGUCUUCCAGGGCAGUGCUCUAUGCUGACUACCGUGCCCCUGGCCCUGCCCGCUUCGACGGCCGCCCCUCAUCCCGUCUCUCCCACUCCAGCGGCUAUGCCCAGCUCAACACCUAUAGCCGGGCGCCCGCCUCUGACUAUGGCCCUGAGCCCACACCCCCUGGCCCUGCUGCCCCAGCUGGCACCGACACAACCAGCCAGCUGUCCUACGAGAACUAUGAGAAGUUCAACUCCCAUCCCUUCCCUGGGGCAGCUGGGUACCCCACCUACCGACUGGGCUACCCCCAGGCUCCAACCUCUGGCCUGGAGCGGACCCCAUAUGAGGCGUAUGACCCCAUUGGCAAGUACGCCACAGCCACUCGAUUCUCCUACACCUCCCAGCACUCGGACUACGGCCAGCGAUUCCAGCAGCGCAUGCAGACUCACGUGUAGGGGCCAGAGCCUGGCUGGGGCAUCUCUGCGGGGCAGAGGAGAAGGCUUUCACAGCUGUUCCCUGAUAUUCAGGGGCAUUGCUCAUUGCUCCCUUCUCGGAUCAGCCUUCUUCCUCCCACCGUGGCAGGUGGGGAGCAGGUCUCCCAGAAACACCCCGUCCCGAGGAUGGUGCUCUGUGCAUGCCCCAGCCUCCUGGGCCUGCCCUUCCCUCUUCUUCGGGAGGAUGUGUCUUUUCUGACCUGCACUCUUGCCUGACCCUAAAAUGGGGACAGGGAAAGUGAAGGUUAGGGAGAGCAGAGGGGGCACUUUUUAGCAUUCCCUUUCUAUCCCACCCCUCUGACCUCCCAUAAGUGGAAAUGGGGGUACCCAGGGAUGGGCAGGCUUUGGCCUAGGGACAUGAAGUAUGGGAGUGGGUGGCUGUGGCACAGACAGGUGGAAAACAGGAUAGCCUGGCCAGUCCCUCUGUUGUCUGCAUUCGUGCCCUGGGUGCCUCUCUCCUUCCUCAGGGUACUGCAGAAGGGAGCUUGGAUUUAUGUUUGCUCUUGUCUACAGAACAGCCCUGGCAUUGCAUUCAAAUCCAGCCUUCAUUCAGCUGGGAUCAAAAUGCCAGUCACCUUGGCUACCCACUGUGGACAGCUGUCUGUCAGCAUGCAGAGGGAUCCAGGAAUCCCCCCGGCAGCACUGCCCGCCUUCCUUCUCCUCCAUGCUGGGCCAGCCAGAUAAGUCAGGGUCCUGGUGGAGAAAGAAAGGCAGGACUAUGUCCUGAUUGACCCAGAUACCGCUGUGUGCUGCACAGCAGUGAACCAACACUAGAGGGAGCCACACAAGCCUCCUCUCCCCAAUCUGCCCCACUUCCUGGCUUUAACUCUUGAGCUGGUUUGGGGAGUGGUGAGGUAGGGGUGGGGGUGCUGUAGGCUAUUUUUCAAAGAAAACAAAAAACAAUGAAAACCUCAUUUGGGAAGAAAAGCUGUAGGGAUUCCCCCACCCAAAUACAAGUCCCAGUGGAAAGGAAAGGUAGUACCUAUUCUUCUCCAUGGGGUUCCUAACACCCUCCAUUACUCUUUCAGUCUCCAAGCACUUUGAAUCCAUUUUUAAACAUUCAGGUUGCCAGACCUGUCACACAGUGGGCUCCGAUAGGGUUACGGAGGGGGCCUGGCUCUCAGGCUCUACUCUCCUAGGUCCCAUCAGUUGGUUGGAGGCCACCUUCCGGGGGGUAUGGGAGACAGGUUUUGGUUUUUUAAGUGUCUUUUUUUUUUUUUUUUGGACCAAUCAGAUUCCUUCUUCCACUUUCAGUGCCUUGAGUGUCAAGCUUUGGAUGACUGACCCUACGUGGGCGGUUGUGCAGGGAGUGGGUACUUGUGAGCCUCGGACACACUGUUAAGUGUUACAGUGUUAGGAGAGAGAUGGGUGAGAGGACCUGGAGAGGUAAGGGGCCUGGAAAUGGCCCUGGCAGAGAACUUGUGCUGACCGGGAGAAGGUGGCGCGGAAGGGCACCACAGGCAUUCCACGGGCCAUUUCUCCUCCUCCAUGUGCACGCACAUCCAACACACACCUUCCAUGUGACCACUUCUCAGCCACGACCUUCUGACCAGAGAGAACAGGCGCUCCAAGGAGAAACUGUACCCCUGCCCCAGCCUCGCCUUCCUAAGAAGCAGUGUCUGGAGGUGGCUAUUUCCUGCCUCCCCAACUGUAUGUCCAGCCCAAUGGGAGACAGGGCCUCUGGUGCAGUUCCCAAAAUGUUCCUCGCCCUUUCUCCAUGGUCACCAUUCAUAAUUCAUGUUCGCUUUAAUGAGUUACAUGCUCAUCAGCCACAGGCCAUUACCACCCUUACGGAUGGGUCUGGGGGGCGACAUUCCUGGCCAACCCCUUGCUAGGAAGGACCAGAUAAUACCCAGGAAGCAAGUAGCUCUAAUUUUAACCUCGCAGGAAGUCUCUGCAUCCUCCUUCAUUUCAGCAGGGAAAACUCCUGUGGAGUGGGCCCUACCUGGGGCAUUUACAGGCUUCCAGCUGUAUUCCAUCCCUGGAAGCUGAUACCUUUCUACAGAGUCCUUUUAUGAGAGCUCAGUGGGAAGGUCUGUCAAGAAAUUCAGGUUCUUGUACAGACAAAUUCAUGCAAAUUUCUAUUAUUUUCACAAAAACCAGAAGCCAUGGGGAAUCCAAAGACUUAAAGUCUAAAGAUGGUGGCUUUUUAAACAUGCAAAUUCCAAAAAGAAUUCAUUUUUGUUUUGGGUUUGGCUAGAUUCUCUUAUUUAUCCCUUUUUAGCUUAAGUAUUAGUUUCAUUCUACUGAAAUGAUGGAGAGAGGGCCUAAGGUUACUAGGUAAUUGAGCUAAUGGUGCAGGGAGAAUUGUUGAAAAAGGAAGCCUAGUUUCCAGAAGCCUGACACAGAGCUACUUCACUGUCCUCUACUCCUUAACAAGUUAACUGGAGCCUCUUGGGUGUCAAAAAAGCACCCUGGAAGGCACAGGGAAGCAUCAGCAACCAAGGUAGUCUCUGUCCUCUGUAACUUACAUGUUGGUGCAUCAGAAUCUGAAUUGGAACCUACCUGAUGGGCCCAGUGGAAUAGCUUUUCUGGGGAGUGGAAGGCGUCCUUGAUCACAGAGCUUUGCUGUCGAAUCCUGGAGUCCUGCAACGUGGUGAUGCCUCAGCAGUUGGUGAUCCUGAUCACCUUUGACGGCUUGUUUUAGUGGAAAGAGCAAGGGACUAAAGGUCAGGAGAUCCAGGACCCAGUCCUGAAGCUGCGAAGGUUAGAUCUCGGCCUAACUUUCUGUUCAUUGCCCCCAAUUUGUCUGGCCUAUAAAAUGAAGGGGGAGGGUUGCAUAAACCUAAAACUAUUCUGGUUUUGUUAUACCCAUUGGGUUGGGGGUAGGGAUGAGACUGCCCAUUGCUGGCAAGGAACUGGGAGCAGUAGCAAGCAUGGUGAGGGCUGGGGAGCUGGUUGGGGGGGUUCUCUCCUGUUUGAAGAAGCUUUCACCAUGAGCUUCAUUAUCUUGUCAGAAGUGUUGUGAAUUAGUUUCCACCAGGGACCCCUUUAUCCCAAACAGCAACACAAAAUACACCCUAAACAUCAGAGUAAAAUUGAUAUGGGGCUAUCCUUUGGCUAUCGGGUCAUCUGUGCUGCUCCCCACUCAUUUCUGAUGGGUUUGCAAAGGUGUCUUUUGCCAGGGCAGGACAUAGUAUGCACAUAGGGAUAUUAUGUGCCUAGGUUUCAGGCACUUUUUCUGUAGGGGAAAAUGGGAGGAGCCUUCCUCCACCCUGAUCCUUAGGAACAUUCCUCCGGCCCAGGGACAGCUUGUUCUUCUCACCAAACAGGUGAAGCCUGCAGUCCAAGGUGCCUGGAGCGAGAGGUCGGGGAGUAAGCACAGCUGCCCCUGCCUGAGAAGGAGCAGCUUGCAAGGGGAGCCGGUGGAGGGAAAGGGGUACAACAGCUUUGGGAUACAUUCUGGAUCUUGACGGAGGAUCUUGUGAUUUUGGUUGAGCCACGGUCACUUCCCUCGUGAAGGACCCGCCCUAUAUCCUAAAUUCUGGAUCCUUCAAAGUCCAGCCACAGAGUUUGCAUGAAGCAAAAAGGCCUAGUAAGUGAGAAAGGAAAGGGGCCAGGGAUGGGAGCAGUGCUGUGCUCUUAUCACUGUCUUGCUUGGAAUGAAAACGUCCGUUUGAGCACCCUGUCUUCAGGUGGUAUGCUCUCCCCUUAUUCCAGCAGGGCUACUUUCCUCUUCACUCUGAUGAGGGGAGCUUUAUCUGCUUUCAAAAUGGAGCACGUCGCACUGGAGUUUCAUGCCCUCUCGUUAACCUGUCAGGAGUCACAGGGCUCCAUAAAACGGAAUCGGUGUCUCAAUAUACAUGACCUACGUUCAUAGCAAGUUCAGCCAUUUGGGUUUGAAGAAAACCACAUUAAAGCCAAGACCCCGUUUGGAGCGAACUGCCUUGUUCUUUGCUGUGUGGAAGGUUCUGUCCCCACUGCUGAACUCCAGUUCCUCCCCAAGCACCCUGGCCUCAGAAAUCCUGGCUUCCCCAAGUUUGUGCUGUCUGACCUGAGCCAGGCCACCGCUUGGUGCCUCUACAGGCCACGGUGCAUGUUGAGAAUCGCCCAAAAGGAUUAGUGAAGCUCCUGACCCUGGCGAGGCCAUAAUGAACACUGAAGUGCAUAGGCCAAGGGAUAUAAUUGAAAGGCGUUUAUUUUUGUGAAGACGCUAUAAAAUUAGCAUUUAAAUAUCCCAUUCCCUUCUCUUGGCCUCCUCCUAUCCCCCUAUGGUAUUUCUCCUCCUCUCCUCAAGGCCAGGCUUUUGUGAAAGGCAUUGGCUCACCUUUGUCAGCGUGGUCCUGACGCUCACCUCUGGGCUGCUGGAGAGGACUGAGAGAUGUGUGGUUUGGUAGGAAGGGGGUAUGUGUGGGGGUUGGUGAGGAAUCCCAUUUUUUUGCAUCACUGUGAGGGAGCUCUGGGCCCUGUCCCUGGAGAAAUAAUUGCUGCGCAGAAGUCACAGGCCAUACUGGGCAGUUCUGGUACAAACCUGCCCUUAAUAAUAAUAACAAUAAUAAUAAUAACCCCAUUUGCAUAGAACUGUCACUCAUUCCUGCCAGUCUGCUGUCCCUACCCUGGUUUUUUGCUGGCCCCAACCACUGGCCCUGUUGAGUAUUGAUGGGCCCUGAGAUCUUCUGUUUGCUUCUGGAGCUCUUCAGAUGCUGGCCCCCCUGGGAAUACCCUAACUUUGGGGAGAGAGCAGCCAAAAUCCCAAUACAAUAAAACUCCACACAAUCUUGUUAGCAACAGUGACCCAGAAAAUUUUGAGAUGUCCAGUUUUACCAGAAGAGGCCCAGGGCUCCCUGUGGUCACAUUUUCUACCCAGACAUUCUUGGCAUUGCAACCUCCAUUUCUAGCUCCAGUUGAAUUUUCUCCACCCAGACCCCAGAAAUAAAUGGAUCCAUGAUGAUAAUUAAGAGAAGAGAAAAAAAGAUAUUAUUUUUGUUAGGACAAACCAUUGUAGGUUUUUAGCAAUGUGUAUCUGUGUGUCCCUCACACCUUUUCCUAUUCUACUUUUUUUUCGUUUUUUUAAAAUAUUAUGUACUAUAUUUUUAGUCUCAAACACACUAUAUAUUAUAUAUAUUUAAUUUUUUUAUAUAUAUAAAUAUAAAUGUUUUAAAAAGUA